AUGUUACGACUGAAUACAAAAGAUGUUGCCGGAGUGUCUCUGUUUCUGGAUGAGCGGUUCACCCCAUCAGAUUUUGCCAUCAAACCAAACGGACAGGCGGCGGAGAAAAACGUAUUCGAAACAGAAAUCUCAGAGAGCAGGAAAGGUUCGCAUGCCGAGGAUGUGAUACAAACGCUAUCGGAGCUAUCGAAUACAACGAAUGUGGGCAAUACUAACACCGAGCACAACAGCAAUAACAUCAACCACGUGGAGGACGGGUCGUCCGUUGCCAUGGUAGCACCGGCUCUCCCACACCCUGGCGGUGUAUCCAACACAUCGGCCCUAAAACGGCACGCAGGUGAUGGUAAAGUCGGGCAACACACACAGCCCCACAAAUUCCGGAAAGUAGAAGGUGCCACCGGCGGGCAUCACGGGAGUCGCAACACCCCCUGCAGAGACGAUGGGGUGGCACUAUCCGUGCAGCCAGGGGCAGCAGAAGGCACGCAACCGCACACCAACAAUGGGAUGGAGCGUGGCACGGGUACGGGUACUGGUACUGGCGCAGGUACACGCGCGAAGAAGACGGCCGGGAAAAGCAAGAGGCCUCUAUCCGCUGUCAAGCCAAGUAGUCUGAGCGCCGAGGACGCCGCGUCGCGCAGGCGCGAGCUGAACCGGCUGGCGGCUCAGAAGUGCAGGAAGAAACGGGACGAUGAGAUCGAGAAGUUGGAGAAGGUGCUGAUGGACGAGGAGAAAACCAAUAGCCAGCUCAAGGAUAGUGUGGCUCUUCUGAGCCAGGAGAUCAUCAGGAUACGCCGUGAGCUGGAGAAGCACGCCGGGUGUAUGCCCGAUAGAUGACUCGCGAGGCCCCACACGAUAGAGGACUGGAGUUGCCCCACACGAUAGAGGACAGAGGAGGGUAGCGUGUGGGAGGCAGAUGUACAUGUACAGUACAGUUGUGUUGUAUAGUGUAGGGGUAUCUGACACACCCGGGCUGUUCCUUCGGAUGAAGAUGAAUGCCGCGACCGUGCGACGGGCACAGACCAUUCAGGCAGUGUGGUGCCGUAUGUACCGCAAUGGGAUACUGUCAACAGUGUAGUCGGUGAGGCACGCCACGUGUAUACUGAGUUACUGACGCAGGCAAGCUCGUAUCUGGGCUAGCGAGGGUGUGUGUGAGAGUGUGAGUGUGCGCAACAAGGGCUGUCGCCUGCGUGAUUGGCAGCGCCGGUCGAAACGUACUUGAGUGGGGUGUUUGAAAUGUCGAUAGUUUUGGGUACGGACCAGAGCAAAGUGAGAAGUUGAGUACGAAGCGCUACCUAUAUCUAUGGUAGUAAAUGAAAUCGCGAGUGGUUGGAUGUGCGUUCGGAAAAGUGUGACAAUAAAUAUGUGUGGGGAUCAUUUUGACGCCAUGUAAAGAUGUAGAGUGUGUGCCAUCUGAAAAGGAUAUGCAUGCUGGGUUUGGCCAAAUGCAGAGAAGGGAGUCCGACACACACUACCUUCUCAAGCACUUAUUGUGCCGAUGCACUGCCGCACGCAAAUACGAGAUAAGCUGCCUGACAUCAAUAUUUAGUUGAGGGGGACCCCCCUGCUUCGAACGGAUGCUUCUGAUGUGCUUCUGAUGUGCGAAGAUGCAAGUUGUCUGAGCACGCUCGGAAACCAAUGGGCUUUGCAAAGCCAAGGUGUACCUGGCGCAGGUCACAUAGCUCUUGAUAUUCACUGCGAGCGUAUUCCAGAGGAUGGGUCUGUGCGUGCUGCUCAGUCGUCGCAUGCACAGUUUGGGAGUGGAUGAAGAAACAGGUGUGCGUCGUAGCUUGUUUGAAAGCAACCACCUUGACGUCAGUAGAUUUCUGUGGGAAUACGUGCGGUUCUUGGGCGUCGCACCUUACACGCAUAGAACUGUACAAAGCAACACAUGCAUUUCACGUCUUUUAAAAACACAAUAAAUCUGUUAACCUGCC